AUGGUCCUCGCAGGGCUGCUGCUGCUGCUGCUCACCCUGCUAGCUGGCGCUCACCUGCUGUGGGGCCGGUGGAAGCUCAGAAACCUCCACCUCCCACCUCUGGUCCCCGGCUUCCUGCACCUGCUGCAGCCCAACCUCCCCAUCCAUCUGCUGAGCCUGACUCAGAAACUCGGGCCUGUCUACAGGCUUCGCCUUGGGCUGCAAGAGGUGGUGGUGCUAAACUCCAAGAGGACCAUCGAGGAGGCUAUGAUCAGGAAGUGGGUGGACUUUGCCGGGAGACCCCAGAUACCAUCCUACAAGCUGGUGUCUCAGCGCUGCCAGGACAUCUCUCUGGGGGACUACUCUCUGCUCUGGAAGGCCCACAAGAAACUCACCCGCUCAGCCUUGCUGCUGGGCACCCGCAGCUCCAUGGAACCCUGGGUGGAGCAGCUGACCCAGGAGUUUUGUGAGCGCAUGAGAGUCCAGGCCGGUGCUCCCGUGACCAUCCAGAAGGAAUUCUCUCUCCUCACUUGCAGCAUCAUCUGUUAUCUCACUUUUGGAGACAAGGAGGACACCUUAGUACAUGCCUUUCACGACUGUGUUCAGGACUUGAUGAAGACCUGGGACCACUGGUCCAUCCAGAUUUUGGACAUGGUUCCUUUUCUCAGGCUCUUCCCCAACCCUGGGCUCUGGAGGCUGAAGAAGGCCGUAGAGAACAGGGACCACAUGGUGGAGAAGCAGCUGAGGCGCCACAAGGAGAGCAUGGUGGCCGGCCAGUGGAGGGAUAUGAUGGACUACAUGCUCCAGGGGGUAGGGAGGCAAAGAGUAGAAGAGGGCCCGGGACAGCUCCUGGAAGGACACGUGCACAUGUCUGUGGUGGACCUUUUCAUCGGGGGCACUGAAACCACGGCCAGCACCCUCUCCUGGGCGGUGGCCUUCCUACUUCACCACCCCGAGAUUCAGCGCCGCCUUCAGGAGGAGUUGGAUCGCGAGCUGGGCCCCGGAGCCUCGUGCUCCCGAGUCACUUACAAGGACCGUGCUCGGCUUCCUCUGCUUAACGCCACCAUCGCGGAGGUGCUGCGCCUGCGGCCGGUCGUGCCCCUGGCCUUGCCUCACCGCACCACGCGGCCUAGCAGCAUCUUCGGCUACGACAUCCCUGAGGGCAUGGUCGUUAUCCCCAACCUCCAAGGUGCCCACCUGGAUGAGACCGUCUGGGAGCAGCCGCACGAGUUCCGGCCGGACCGCUUCCUGGAGCCGGGCGCGAACACCAGCGCGCUGGCGUUUGGCUGCGGGGCGCGCGUGUGCCUGGGCGAGUCGCUGGCGCGCCUGGAGCUCUUCGUGGUGCUCCUGCGACUGCUGCAGGCCUUCACCCUGCUGCCGCCGCCCGUGGGCGCCCUGCCGUCGCUGCAGCCAGAUCCCUACUGCGGCGUCAACCUCAAGGUCCAGCCUUUCCAGGUGCGGCUGCAGCCCCGGGGGGUUGAGGCCGGGGCCUGUGAGAGCGCCAGUGCCCAGUGA